UUGGUGUUUUUGUAUGCAUGCACUUGUCAGUUUAUUUUUAAAAAUUUUUGUAUUGAUUCAGUAGACUUUGUCUCAACGAUACAACGAUUCAACGAAAAACGUCGACGAUCGGAGGAGUGGUGGCAUAAACAAAUCCUCCAUUAAAAGGUGACGCAUGCAUGUAUGCAAGUUCAUCAAAGUUAAAAAAAAAGGUACCUCCUCAACACGUGUCCUUUAACCAAAGAAGGUAAAAAACUUAAAAAUGUCGAGGAUAAAAGACCUUGAGAUCCGAGGAAUUCGAAAUUUCGGCGAUGAAUCGCAAAAAGCUAGGAUUCACUUCUCCAAGCCCCUGACAUUAGUCCUGGGGCCUAAUGGCACUGGCAAGACAACUAUCAUCGAAGCUCUAAAAUUCAUUACAUCCGGAGAAUAUCCACCUGAUUCGGACAGAGGAAAGUCAUUUGUUCAUGAGCCCAAAGCCAUGAGUCAUACGGUAAGGGGUCAGGUAAAAGCAAAAAUUCUUGACAAAAAAGGCCAGGAACUUGUUGUCACCAGAACAAUGCAAGUGACACGCCAAAAAAAUGGUACAUUAAAACUUCAAGGUCUAGACAAUACUAUCACACGUAUUAACGAGAAAACUAAUGAUAAAAUACAAAUAAGUAGCCGAUGUGCUGACAUAGAUAGAGAAAUGUUGGUUGCAAUGGGAGUGUCCAAGCCUAUAUUGAAUUACGUUAUCUUUUGUCACCAAGAAGAGUCCAACUGGCCUCUAGAGGAUGGAAAAAAGUUGAAGGAACGAUUUGAUGACAUUUUUGAUACAUCCAAGUACAACAAGGCACUAGACGCCACCACUAAACUUAUCAAAGAUUUGCAAUCAGGAGUGAAUGAAAUUAAAGCAGAAGAAAAUGGAUUGAAAAAAUUAGUUGAAGUAGUAGAAAGUAAAGAAAGUAAACUGAGAGAAGAUGAAAAAAGAGAAAAAGAAGGAAAAGAGAAAAUAAAUGAAAUUAAUGCAGCUAUUAUACCUAUUGAUGAAAGAAUGAAAACAAUUCUUCAAAUUAAAAAGGAGCACGAUAAUCUUGAUGACAUCAUCAAAAAAGUUGAGACUGAUUACAAGGUGACCAAUAAUUAUGUGGAAAGUUUAAAAAAGCAUAUUAAACAUGUACACACAGGACCGAAAGAAAUAUUAGUUCAGAAGCUAGAGACUUAUGAUCAAAAUCUUACUCAAAAAGUAACAGUUAAAAAACAGUAUGAAGAAGAAUUAGUUGAGAUAGAAAAAAGAGAAAAAGUUUUAUCAAAAAAGCUGGAUGAUACGAGAAUUCAGUUAGGCUCCUUGAAGGAAAAAAAAUUAUCUUUUGAUGAUAAAGUUGUAAAACGCAAUGACUUAUUAACUAAAGCUAUGAGUACAUGGGAAAUUCCAGAAAAUGAUGAUGAAUUGACUGAAGAAGAAAUACAAGAUUGUAUUAGUCAAAUAAACAAUAAAUAUGAAAGUUUCGUGGAAGCAAUGAAAAAUAAUAUAGAAAUGAGAGAAAGCGAAGAAAAAUUUCUUCAGGAAGAAGUUGAUAACAAAAGAACUGUGAAAACUGGAAUAGAAUCAGAAAGUAAUCUCAAAGAUAAAGAAUCCAAAGGUAUCGUCGUUGAGUUGAAAGAAAUAAGAGAUAAAAUUAAAAAUGCUGGAGAAGCUGGUAAUAAAUUAAGAGGCGUUGAAUCUAAUCUAGAAAAUGCCACGAAAACCUACAAUUCUCUUCUAGAAAAUUUCAAAGAAGAUUCUUUGAAGAAAAGCUUACAGGAAGAAAUCGCAAAGAAAAAAGAAUUGGAUGUAAAACUAAAUCAGAUAGAUCGAGAAAUUGAUUCUUUGCAUCAACAAAGUGCGCAACAAACUGAAUUGGAAUACGAUCAAAGCAGAUUAGAUAAAAUAGACUCAAAAAUUAUAUCUUUGAAAAACAAGCAUAAAGAUGAUCUGACUUUACUUUUCGAUGACAACGAAAUUCCACAAAAAAAGAUUAAAAAUAGUUUGGAAGAGGUCCAACGAUCUUUGACAAAUGAGAAACUCAAUUUGAUGAAAAAAAUCGAAGAAGAACAGAAAAAAUUGACAAAAUUGGAGACCGACUUGACACACAAGAAAAAAGAAUUGAAAAAAACAAUGUCUGAACUAGAAGGUUAUCGAGAAAAAGUGUAUUCACAAUGUCAGGGUGGAGAUUAUAACGAGGUGUUGCUACUACAAGAAAGAAAAGUUAAACAUCUCCAAGACCAAAGAGGAAUAUAUGCUAAUCAGUCUUUAAUGUACGACGAGUUUUUGAAAGUUCUUAAAAAGAAGUCAUGCUGUCCUCUUUGUGAGAGAGGAUUUCAGAGUUCUUCAGAAACCAAAAAAUUAGAACAGAAACUGUCCUCAGAAAUAGAAAAAAGUCCUCAAUGCUUGAAGGAUUGCGAAAAAAAAUUGAAGUCCGAACAAACUCGUUACGAUGCUUUGCAACAGCUCAAACCAGUUAAUAGAAUGAUAAAAGAAAUUGAAACUAAGCUACCAGCAUUGAAAACUUCUGUAGAGCAACUUGGAAAAGACGUAAAAAAUACCGAGGAGAGUCUUGAAAGUUUAAGACUAGUACUGUCAGAACCUGAAGAGAAGUUAAUUAUAUACAAAAACAUUAUAGGAGAUGUAAUUUUAUUAGACAGUAGCAUUGAUGAACAAGACAAACUAAGUGACACAAUUGCAUUGAAAAAACGGGAAAUGCAAAAAGCAGGCAAAAUUGGAGAUCGAAGUAUGCAAGAGGCUAAAGAUGAACGUCAAGCUCUUAAAACAGAGCUUACCAAAGUCGAAAAUAACGUAACGAAGAUACAGACAAGUUUGCAGACAGGCCAAGAAAAAGUUACUAAAGCAAGAGAGCAGAAGAAUAAAUUGAACGAGGAAGUCAUUCAGAUUCGACAAACUAUGCAAGAGCAAAAACAAUUGCAAGAUAAAUACAAUGAGCUCCUGAGCAAACGAGAAUCCAUUGCUUCAGAUCAACGCACAUUAAAAUUAAAAUUAGUUGAAGCAGAAAACGAGCUAGCAUGCGCCAUCACAGAAUUAGAAAAGCUGAAGAAAAAAAAUCGCGAGGAACAUGACAAAGACACUAAUUUUAAAACCAAAAGUUACAACGAAAUUAACGGAUUGGAAACAGUUCACCAAGAAGUGCUUGACUAUGUAAAUAGCAAAAUAGAUGAAAAAUUAAAAAACAUUAAAGCUUCUAUGGAAAAAAUUAAGCAAGAAUAUGAAAAAGAGAAACUUGAAAAAGUAACCAAAGAAGAAAAAAUACGGUUCCUCGAUGAACAGUGUAAGUCUCAAGAAACUGGAAAAAGAGACCUCGAAAAUAACUUGGAUCUCAUUAGAAAGCAAGAAGAUCUUGAAAACAUAAAAGAAAAGUUGUCUCAUAAUAAAAAAUUACUGGAAAACCUGCAGUUUGAUCAAUUAAAGGAUGAAUACCAUCUGCUUCAAGAGGAGAAAGAUCAAUAUGAAAAAAAGAAAAAUGUUAUCAAAGGAGCCCAAGGUGAACUGGAAAACGCCAUCAAGAUGGAACGAAAAGAUUUGAACCAAGAUAAGUACAGAAUGGUCCGCAAAAACUAUAAGGAAAAGCAGUUGAAGCAUAUUAUCCAAAAAGAGGCGAUUGCAAACUUGAAAGCUUAUGCCACAGUCCUUGACAAAGCCAUGAUACAGUUUCACGAAGAGAGAAUGAAUACUGUAAACAAAAUAAUGCAUCAGUUGUGGUCGUUGGUGUAUGGUGGAAACGAUACUUCCUCGAUCCAAAUUCGCGUGCAAAGUACAGAAGGUAUCGGUGAUAAGCGGCGUUCGUACAACUAUAAACUCGUUCAAGUCAAGAGAUCGAUGGAAAUGGAUAUGAAAGGCAGAUGCAGUGCUGGUCAAAAAGUUUUAGCUUCUAUCAUCAUUCGUAUGGCCUUAGCUGAAACGUUCUGUAGUGACUGUGCCGUGCUUGCCUUGGAUGAACCGACUACCAAUUUGGAUGAAGAAAACGCUACGAAUUUAGCUGUCACGCUUUCCAAAGUUAUACAAUUGCGUGCGCAACAUCAUCAAAAUUUCCAACUGAUCGUCAUAAGUCACGACGAAAAAUUCAUUUCACAUCUGUCUAACUUGAGCGGAAAACAAAUAUUCCAAGAAUUGUACAGAAAUAUGGAGGGAUACAGUUUGGUCCGGCGAAGGGAUAUGAAUGAUUUCACGAGAAACAGUACCCAAAACGUAACCGACGAGAAAUUCGAAAACGAUUCUGAAGAAGAAGAAGAAGAAGAAGAGGAGGAGGCGGCUGCUCAGGAAGACAACGCGAAAAAUAAAAAAAGAAGACACUUGAGCCUGGAUGACUCUCCACCGCGUGUAUCUAAAAAAAGAGCUUUUUUCUGAGGUAUCGCGCGAAACGUUAUUCCUACCUAUACGUAUACCUUGAAAUAAAAAUCUCAACCUACACAAAUCAAUCCCUUUUCUCGAGUUUGAUACCCGAGAGAUAUUUAUUUUUGAUAAAAUAUAAACAACA